UGUACUUUCCUCGUAAUUGUGAAAGAUAGGGCGGCCAAGAUGACUUUUAAGAAUCCAACGAAGCAUUUUAGAUGUUUACUUUUAAUUCUUUUUAUUAACAUAUACUGCCUGGGGCCUGUUAGUUGCUUAGAGCCUUUAACAAUUGGUCUCACUGUCGGUUUAGGAGCAGCCGGCUUAGGUUAUUUCAAGAGUCAAACAAUCUGUCGAUUUAUGGAGUGCUGUGAUGAUCGCAGUAUACCAGCAGAUAUACCAAAACUAGAUACAUCACUGGCGGCUACAUUGUUCGGCCAGCAUAUGGUGAAGCAACAUGUUGUUGCCGCUCUGGUUGCCCACCUGCAAUCCAACAGUCCGUCCCGUAAACCGCUUGUCAUGAGUUUCCAUGGUACACCCGGCACGGGCAAAAGUUUCGUUGCCGAUCAAAUCGCUCAAGCCCUCUAUAAGGAGGGAAUACAGAGUAAAUAUGUGCAUCGAUAUUUGGGACGUGCGGACUUUUCGCAUCCGGCACGCGUGCAUGAGUACAAGGAACGCAUCAAUCGGGAGGUGCGGGAAAGCAUAUCAGCCUGUCCAUAUUCUCUAUUCAUAUUCGAUGAGGUGGACAAGAUGCCCAUGGGUGUAUUCGAUAUGCUCACAUCAUUAGUCGAUUACGCGGGCAAUGAGAAAUCCGCCGAUUAUACAAAAGCAAUAUUUAUAUUUCUAUCCAAUACAGCUGGAGUUCGCAUUUCGGAUCAUUUGGCCGAGCUAAUGAAAAAGGGCAAAAGGCGCGAAGAUACACGACUCUCUGACUUUGAGGAAAUGCUUAAAGUCUCCGCCUACAACAUGGAAGGCGGUCUCAAGAUGACCAAUUUAAUUGAAGCUCAUGUCAUAGAUCAUUAUAUACCAUUUUUGGCGCUUGAAAAGGCGCACAUUGUGCAGUGUGUGGUGGCCGAGUUUCGUCGCUGGAAGAUUAAUCCCACACAGGAGCAAAUUAACACGGUGGUUAAUAGUGCUGUGAUUUAUGAGCCAGUGCACAGCAUGUUUGCCACAUCCGGCUGCAAGACGAUCGAGAAGAAGGUCGCUUUGGUCGUCAAUGAGAGAAGCCUCUCAUAAGUUUUGUUUUACAUCUCACUGUGUAUAAGUUUAUGAACAGAUUUUGUUUCUAUUUUCAAUAUUUUCACAUUAAAACGAACUUAAUGAAUGAA